AUGCAAAUGCGUUUGUUUGCCACCUCUCGCCUGCUAUUUGGCGUCAUUUCGAGAGGAAGAUUCCUUGAAUGUUACCGUAACACCUCUGGAGGUGAAUUAAGCUCGCAAUCGAGUAUGCCUUUAGGAUCCUCUUCACGUUUGAUGGAUAAUACACAGACACUUCAUUCUACCGUUGAACCUGUGUGCAAUAAAUCGAGCGUUAGCUCCGAGCUGACCACGCGUGCAACUUCUCAGAUGUCCGCGCUUCGAGAAAGCAAACCAACGAUUGCUUCACUUCCCUGGCAUGUGAACCUAAUCGAAAAAAUUCUGUCUAAUAAAACUUUGCCGUUCACUACGAAACAAAAACGGAUCACAGGGGUUGUCCAAAAGCUCGAGACCCAUCAUUUGGAGUGGCUCGAGGAAGUUGCCAUGGAUUCCAACCUCCCCUUUCACUGCUAUGCACUUUUGCGGGCUCUGACGAAGGCGCUGCCGUUCUUCCGCGAUCCGAGGAGAGGGCGACGGGAGGGUUGCUCGUACACCUCAGAAGAGGAUUCGAAAUGGUCGGCCGCGUCUCCAUACUUCUCCGAAAGCCUCAACGACUCCCUCUGCGUUUGCCUACGCACCGCCAUCCCAAAGCACUCGACCACCGCGGAGCUGACGACACUCCUGCGUGGGGCGGUGGAGCUCGAGCUCGCGGAUCUAUCGUCGUUGAAACACAUCUCGUAUAAAUUGACUUCUCGGGAUCGUUGGAUGGGUUCUUCCGCAUCCGACGCCGUGGAGGUGCUUUGGCUGCUUUCACUCGCGGUGCGGCGCUGCAAACUACCACCGCCGCCGGUAAAUCACCUGCUCUGCCGCCUCCCUAGCAGCAAACUCACACCGCGGGAGGGAUUACAAGUCUUUUCGGCGUUGAUUCGAUUGAAUGAUCGCGCCGGGAACGAGGUUUUUGAGAUUCUAUCCCGUCGCGCGGUGGAGGAUGUCGGGGCGUACACCACGCAGGAUGCCAUUUUUGCACUCCAGGCUGUUGCGCUGCUCGAUAAUUCACAUAUUGCCUUUGCGGGGGCUACGAUUGAGCGCUGCGCGGAGCUGGCGCCUCGAAUGUCCGCGAAAAAUAUCGGCGACAUCGCGAAGUCUCUCGCACUGCUUCACUCCGGGCGAAAAUACAACGUCGUGGCGGAGGGCUGUGCGAAGGAGCUUCAACGUACCCUCGCGGCGGUUGCCACGCGUGCGGAAGAACUUUUAGGAUUGUUUUCUCUUCGUGAUGCCCGCCACGUGCUGAAAUGUCUGACAGUUCAUAAAGUACGCCAUACCAUUUUAUUUUCUCGCCUCACACCGUUUGUUUCAGACGAUUGA